UGGCCAGGGGCAGCUGUGCUGGCUCAUGCUCUCCUCCUCCUGCUGCUGCCAUCCUCCAGCAAGAUGCUAGGGUCUCUGGGGCUUUGGGCAUUACUUCCCACAGCUGUGGAAGCACCCCCAAACAGGCGAACCUGUGUGUUCUUUGAGUCCCCCGGAGUGCGGGGAAGCACAAAGACAUUGGGAGAGUUGCUAGAUGCAGACCCAGAGCUCCCCAGAGCUAUCCGCUGCCUCUACAGCCGCUGCUGCUUUGGGAUCUGGAACCUGACCCAAGACCGGGCACAGGUGGAAAUGCAAGGAUGCCGAGACAGUGAUGAGCCAGGCUGUGAGUCCCUCCACUGUGACCCAAGUCCCCGAGCCCACCCCAGCCCUGGCUCCACUCUCUUCACCUGCUCCUGUGGCACUGACUUCUGCAAUGCCAAUUACAGUCAUCUGCCUCCUCCAGGGAGCCCUGGGACUCCUGACUCCCAGGGUCCCCAGGUCACCCCAGGUGAGUCCAUCUGGAUGGCACUGGUGCUGCUGGGGCUGUUCCUCCUCCUCCUGCUGCUGGUGGGCAGCAUCAUCUUGGCCCUGCUACAGCGAAAGACUUACAGAGUGAGAGGUGAGCCAGAGCCAGAGCCAGGGCCAGACUCAGGCAGGGACUGGAGUGUGGAGCUGCAGGAGCUGCCCGAGCUGUGCUUCUCCCAGGUAAUCCGGGAAGGAGGUCAUGCAGUGGUUUGGGCCGGGCAGCUGCAAGGCAAACUGGUUGCCAUCAAGGCCUUCCCACCGAGGUCUCUGGCUCAGUUCCAAGCUGAGAGAGCAUUGUACGAACUGCCAGGCCUACGGCACGACCACAUUGUCCGAUUUAUCACCGCCAGCCGCGGGGGCCCUGGCCCCCUGCUCUCUGGGCCGCUGCUAAUACUGGAACUGCAUCCCAAGGUGAGCAUCAAGGAAUGCCAGUAUAAACCAGGUAUUGCCCACCGAGAUCUGAGUAGCCAGAAUGUACUCAUUCGGGAAGAUGGAUCCUGUGCCAUUGGAGACCUGGGCCUUGCCAUGGUGCUUCCUGGCCUCGCUCAGCCCCCUGGCUGGACCCCUACUCAACCACAAGGCCCAGCUGCCAUCAUGGAAGCUGGCACCCAGAGAUACAUGGCACCAGAGCUCUUGGACAAGACUCUGGACCUACAGGAUUGGGGCAUGGCCCUCCGACGAGCUGAUAUUUACUCUUUGGCUCUGCUUCUGUGGGAGAUCCUCAGCCGCUGCCCAGAUUUGAGGCCUGACAGCAGACCACCACCCUUCCAACUGGCCUAUGAGGCAGAACUGGGCAGUACCCCCACCUCCGAUGAGCUAUGGGCCUUGGCAGCGCAGGAGAGGAGGCGUCCCUACAUCCCAUCCACGUGGCGCUGCUUUGCCACAGACCCUGAUGGGCUGAGGGAGCUCCUAGAAGACUGUUGGGAUGCAGACCCAGAAGCACGGCUGACAGCUGAGUGUGUACAGCAGCGUCUGGCUGCCCUGGCCCAUCCUCAGGAGAGCCACCCCUGCCCAGAGGGCUGUCCACAUGGCUGUCCAUAUCUCUGCCCAGAAGACUGUACUUCAACUCCUGCCCCUGCCAUCCUCCCCUGUAGGCCUCAGCGGAGUGCCUGCCACUUCAGUGUUCAGCAAGGCCCUUGCUCCAUGAAUCCCCAACCUGCCUGUACACUUUCUCUUGUGUAAAUAUGCAAUUUAUGUGUAGUCAAUGUACAUGCCAACAUAAAUAUGGCAGUUGUAUAGCUGUCUUGUCUGUCUCACCACUGCCUUUCCCACCUGCCGAAU